AUGGCUUGGAAAGCAUGUGCUAGUUUUAUUCGUCUGCUUCCUAUGCUAAUAGCUAUUGUAGCGUUUGUCCCAUAUUCUGUAAGUUCAUCAGGUGGCACAGAGUUCGUCUUUGCACCCAUGCCGAAUCAUCCUAACUUUAUUGCGGAAUCCAUUAUCGGCGUGAUCCUUCAAGCAACUACUGACGAACCAACCACCGUGCACAUAACAGUACCUGGAAGGUCAUUCGAAAGACAACAUAUGAUAUCACCCAAUCCUCUGGCAUUUUCAUUACCAAGAGACCUAAUUCACCAAACGACGUCAGGUCCCAUUGACUCGACAGUUCACGUCACCUCCGAUAAGGCAAUUACUGUUGUUCAUUAUAAUCUUGAUCCUUCAAACUCGGAUUUGUUCACCGUGAUUCCCUCAGAGUCUUUAGGGCAGGAAUACUUUGUGGCAACAAUGACUUGGGAGAGUAACCCAACGGAAGGCAGCGGUGUCGUGACAUUAUCAGCACUUGCAGAGAUUGUCUCUGUGGAAAUCCAUGUCACAUCUGCAGUGCAAUUUGUUGACGAGACGUUUCAAUCUGGAGAUGUGUUUCGAUACACCCUUCGCCCAUUUCAGACAGUACAGCUCCUCCCACAGUUUACAGCCAUCACUGGGACUAGGAUCAUCACAAACACAUCCAUCGCUGUAAGCUCAGGAUCGAAAUGUGCGAACGUCCCUGCGGGUGUUCAGUACUGCGAUCACAUAGCUGAACAACUGUCCCCGUUCACGUCAUGGGGAAAGCAGUUCCUGAUGAGCCCGCUUAUUGGUCGGGGCUCGGGUUAUGUCUUCCAGAUUGUAGCAGGUCGCGACCAAACCACUGUUCUUUAUGACAACAUCGUUUUACGGCUUAACAUGGGGGAAUUUAGGACUGUAGAUAUUCCAUCUCAGACUAUGACGUUCGUUUCUUCCGACAAACCGAUAUCAAUCAUGCAAUACGCCAAAGGAAGAACUAGUGACAGAACUACUAAGAGUGACCCUUCAAUGAUUCGCGUUCCUCCUAUCGAGCAGUACGUUAGGGAUGCCAUGUUCCCGGUUUCUGAGUUUUCCAGGGAAUCGACGUAUAUUGACAGCAUUCAUCUCGAGCUUACUGCAGAAUGUACGCAAAUCGAGAACAUUUCCAUCUUCAAAGACCUACAACCGGUAUCGGUGACCUGGAUAGCCCACUACUCUAUGACAGUACUGAAUGGCACAAUGCUGUGCUCACAAUGGACUGAGGUCAGUGGCGGAUCGUAUCGUCUGCGAAGCGAAGAGAUGACCACCGUUGAAGGGCACACAUUCUUUCCAAGGUUCCGUGCUGUGGUCUACGGGACUGGCUUGGGUGAAUCUUAUCUAUACCGCGCAGGCGCCAAUGAAAGACCUUUGACUUGCAGUAAUGGUCCAACUGGAACAGCCUUAACUAAAGAACACGAUUGUCCAAUUUUAUUCAACCCUGAAAUGGUAUCCUUAGAAGCAACCAAUCUCACCAUCACUUGGGACACAAGUCCAGAUAACUUUGGGCUCUUCCAAACAUGUGUGGUCUACAUCACCAGCGGGGAAGGCAUCAGCAGGGUAGUUACCAUAGCAACCCAUCCACCUGUGGUCCUGUCGCGACUUCACCCAUAUACCAAAUACACGUUCUACGUUAACUGUACAAACAGCUUAGGGAUCAAAGCGAGGCUUGACUUCCCUGCUGAAACUACUCUCAAAGCUGAGCCUCAUCCUCCGACUGAUGUAACGAUAACGGAAGUGACGCAAACAUCAGCUGUUGCAUCAUGGGAACCACCCCUGGUUACAAAUGGGAAUGGAACAGUCGACGGUUAUCUGGUUUUUGCAGAACUUCAGGAAUGUUUGUCCAGUUCCUGCCUAACAGAGUUGAAAAUUUAUCAAAGCAUAGCGGUGAGGGAACACUUAGAACUGGACCCUUUUGCAAAAUACAGAGUUGUCGUCAUAGCGUACAACAUUGACUCAAGAAUACCUGCUCCUGAAGACAUGCUCAACAGUUCGAACGUGACAAGCGGGGUAUUCACAACAUUGAAAGCUGAACCGGGUCCUCCGAAUAAUGUAACGGUCACGGAAGUUACUGAAUCCUCAGCUUUAGUCUCCUGGACACAACCCGUCUUCCACCGUGGACCCAUUGAUGGCUACACCGUUUAUGCCAUCCCAGAGAACUGUAUUUCUGUCUCGUGUGAAACCAUUAAAACCGAUGUGGAUGCUGACGUCCUAACACAUAAGUUGGUCUUGAAGCCAUACCUGUCAUAUAAAGCCGUGGUAUUAGCAUUUACAUAUGAGCCACGGAUUUCUGAUCAUACAAAGCUGAAUAGUCUUCUCGCUUACAGUGAGAGUUUUACUACAUUGCAAACAGUUCCUAUGAAACCAACGAGACCAGUCAUAAACGGUGGUGUAACCGAUUACAGUUUUGACAUCAAUGUGCCAGAAUAUCACAAUCCAAACGGACCGAUCAGCUGUCUUGCGGUAAUUGCUGUUCAGCUUUACGAUGAGACAAUGAGUAUUGAUUCCGAUGACAAUGCUUACAGCAUCAACAAUACAAGGGACUUCAACAUUGCUAAGACUCGAAUAGGGACCCCAUUUCGUGUCACGGUUUUUUCUUCUAUUCCAGCAGACAAUGUAAUCACGGUUGGCUCUCGACAUGAGGUUCAUUCUGAAUGCAACACUUUGGGUGUAGAUGCAAGUCAAGAAUCCAGAAAGCGACAUGCCACUGUGAGAGGGACAACCCUGUACGCCACCAACGGUCCUUUGAAUCCAGACAGCUUUUACUCGUGCUUUAUUCGAGUGUAUUCACCUUCUCAUCAAAAUGGAGAGGUUUAUUUCGCAAAUGGACCGUUCAUAAAGCCGAUUCGACUGAAAGUUCCCGGUAGUGGCACUGUUACGACUGUGAUCACCUGCACGGUAGUUGUGAUUUUUCUUGUUAUCUGCGUGAUCGUGGCACUGAUUUGUAUAAGAUCUCGACGGAAAAGGGCUAAUAAUUCCCCCUCGGCAUCAGCUGCCUUCACGUUUCGAAGAUGUACUGACACCUUACCCACUAGCCCACAUGGUACCCGUGGAAACCCAAACCUUGAUCAUGAUUAUACCACUGGGACGACUGCUCCUGAUUAUACAAUGUUUGAUAAGAAGCCGGAUCCUUUGCAACCAUCUACAUGUAUUUAUCAAAAUAUCAAUGAUGAUGUUGUUGAAGGAGAAUAUGAAUUCAUGAUAUACAAAGGGGGCCCCAAGGGUUCUCCUUAAUUGAGAAGAAAACAAAAUUUAUUGUAAACUAAUUCACCAGCAUGUAGUGGUAUAAUUGCCCAUAAUGUCGAUCUGGCGGGUGUUUCAUAAAGCUGAUCGUUACAAAUGACUGUACAUGCGCCUGGUUACCCCAGGGGCGAAUCCAGGAUUUCCAAAAGGGGAAGGGGCAUUCUUUUAGGAAAAUUUGAGAAUCCCCCCUAAAAAAAGUUUCACUAUGAAAUG